AUGUGCUUCAUUGUUGUUACGCGUAACUUUGCAAGGGUGCAUGUAGCAAUCGUGCCUAAUAUCCUUAUCCUCUUUGCAUGUGUUACAAUAGUUAUUUACAUUAUAAAUGCGGUAGGUUACAUUUUACAACGCGAAGAUUUAAUAUUGAAACACGAGGCAAAGCCGAGUGUUUUAAUAAAUCUGAGCAUUGUAAAAUCCAUUCAUGUCGGCCAUCCAGAUUGCGUAAAAGUCGAUCUAAACAAAGUCCAUGGUUUCAUUAAAUGUAUUGUUUUACCACCUGUUUCGUUGCAUCACCCUGUUCUGCCGUACAAAUGUAAUGGUAAAUUAACUUUUCCUCUUUGCAAAACGUGUGUUGAAACCUUGUAUGAACAAGAUUGCCCGCACAACGACGGACAGCGUCAGUUUACGGGUACUUUCGUUGCAAACGAGUUGCGUAAGGCUUUGGAGUUAAAGUACAGAAUUAUCGAAAUUUUUGAAAUCUGGGAAUACGACACCGUAAAAUACGACCCAGAAACUAAAAGAGGUGGGUUGUUUUCGGAGUACGUAAACACGUUUUUAAAAAUAAAGCAAGAGUGUAGCGGGUGGCCUACAUGGUGUAAUACAGAACACGAGAAAGACAACUACAUUCGCGAGUAUUACGAUCGUGAGGGGGUUAAAUUAGAAAAAAACAAAAUAUGCAAGAAUCCAGGGUUACGUUUCUUGGCCAAAUUAAUGCUCAAUUCAUUUUGGGGCAAAUUCGGGCAGAGACAAAAUCUGCAGCAGACUGCUAUCAUUGAUCAGCCUUACAAGCUGUUCGAAAUGUUUGCAUCACCCGGUCGUUGCGUCAAUAACUUAACCGUUAUCAACCCUGAAGUACUCCUAGUAAAUUGGGAGCGCGUGGAGGAGGAUAUAUUGGCUUCUAGCACCACUAAUGUAGCUAUCGCUAGUUAUACUACUGCUUCGGCACGUUUAGUUCUUUAUCAUUUUUUGGAAAAGUUGGGACGACGAGUAUUAUCUUACGACACUGACAGUGUUUUCUUCACUGCCAAACCAGGCGAAUGGGUACCUGAUACCGGCGACUUUUUAGGCCAGCUAACCGACGAAUUAGCUGAUUAUGGUCCAGGUAGUUACAUUACCGAAUUUGUGAGCGGCGGACCUAAAAAUUACGCCUAUGAAUUCUUGAAUGCUAACAAAGGGAUAAUUGAGCCAGUAUGUAAGGUGAAGGGUAUAACUCUACACUACUCCAAUAAUCAAAAAGUUAAUUUUAACGUAUUAAAAUCGAUGAUUCUGGAUAAAGAGGCUCCAAACGUGGUCGAAGUAAUCGAUAAACAAAUUUUUAAAGAUAAUUUUUUUAAUAUAUUAACGAAAGACGCAACAAAAAAGUAUAGAGUAAACUAUACUAAACGUCGUAGGUUAAGCAAUUCAUACGAUACGCUCCCGUACGGGUACAAAGGAGCGCUUUAG